AUGGGUUGUGCGACCUCAAAGAAGCUGAGCGAAGAAGACGACGUUGUGUCCUUCUGCAGAGAAAGGAAAUGCCUCAUCAAGUUGGCCCUAGAGCGUAGGUUUGCAUUCGCAGAGGCAUACUCGAAGUAUAAUCAAUCUCUCUAUUCCGUCGCAUUGGCCUUAAGGUUGUUUGUAGCUAGACAUUCAUCGCCGCCUUCUCCAUUUCUCAUCACCUAUCCUUCCACUUUCACCUCUGAAACUGCAGCUCUCAUUGACAACCCCGUUUUUCUUCAGCAUAAACCAUCUGAACCCCACCAAGGAGGAACUCCAGAAGGCAAAGAAUCUAAAGACCCAAAAAAUUUCGAGGAAGAAGAUGAAGAGUUCAGUGACGAAGAGGAACCCUUGUGUGAGCAUUUUUAUGGUGAUGUGAGUGCACCCUUGCCAUCCGCAAGGAGAAGUUAUCAGUGGGAUUUUUUCAAUCUGUUUGAUGUGGGAGGGUUAACUCAGAACACAUAUGAAGAUAGUGUAAGAGUGGGAUGUGGAACAAGAGUCGUGGAUGAGAUUAAGGCGCCUAGAAGCAGGGAUGAUUCCAAAUUGGAAGCAUGUGGGAGCGAAGAUUUGAGGCAGAUUAAUGGAGAAAAAGACGGGAGGCAACUGUUGGAAGCAUUGAAGGAUGUAGAGGACCAUUUUAUCAAGGCUUACAACUCCGGUAAGACUGUCUCAAGGAUGCUUGAGGCUAAUAGAGUCCCUUUGCUAUCUGGCCUGGACGAUAUCAAAGAGAGCUCGAAGAAACUGAUUCGGUCAAUAACAUGGAACCGAUCCAAUUCAUUGCAUUCUUCCUCCAGUAAGAGUCUGCUGAUUUCAGGUUCGCAAGGUUCUUCCUCAUGGACGGAACUUAGUAUUGAUUCGUAUGAUGAAUGUGGAGGGAUGGGGUCAGGUAGCCACUCAUCCACGAUAGAAAGGUUAUAUGCUUGGGAGAAGAAACUCUAUGAGGAGGUUAAGGCUGGAAAGGAAAUCCGAGAAAUAUUUGAGAGGAAAUGCUCUCGAUUUAGAAAUAAAAAAACUCGAAAAGGUAGCCUCAAUCAUGAGGAUAAAGCUACUGCUGAAGUAUUAGAAUUACAUGCCAGGCUACUGGUUUCAGUUCAAACUGCUGAAUCGAUUUCAAGGAGAAUCCUAAAACUGAAAAAUGAAGAAUUGUUGCCACAACUUGUCGAGCUGUUAAAUGGCCUUAUGAGACACUGGAAGAUGAUGUUGGAAUCACAUGAAACCCAAUACCAAAUAUUGAAUCAAGUGAGGUUAUUUAACUGUCCUGCUUAUGGAAAAUUUUGCAAUGGCUCACAUCGCUUAGCCACAAUUGAGCUCGAGGCAGAACUGCAAACCUGGCGUACUUGCUUUGCCGCCAUUGUUUCUGCAGAGAAGGCAUAUAUUGAGGCUCUUCAUGGAUGGCUAUCUAAGUUCACAAUCAGUGAAGUUGAUGAAAUCUACUCUUGGGGAAUAUACUCAACUCCGCCAUAUAAGAUAAAUAGGCUACCAAUACUUGUAAUCCUUCAUGACUGGUUGGCUUGGCUGGAGAAAACGCCUGAAAAGAAAGUUACCUAUGCAAUCAAAAGCUUUGGCAAAGAGGUGCAGUCUCUCUGGGUUCAACAAGGGAAGGAGCUGAGACAGAAGAGGAGAGUUGAUGAACUUGCCAAGGAAGUUGAUAGAAGGGGCAUUGCUCUUCAGAGGGAGGAAUGCAAAAUUCUUGGACCAGAGCAAUCUGUGCAGGGUUCAGAGGUAAAUAUGCGUACUCCGGUUCAAUAUUUGUUAAAACAGAGAGAGCUUUUGGAGAUACAUAGGAAGAAGCUAGAUGCCGGGAAGGCAAAGCACCGAGCUAGUAUGCUAGAGACACAGCAUAUUACUUUAAAGGCUUUUCAGAGCGAGUUCUGUAGUGUUUUAUCGUCAUUAGCUGAGUUUUCAAAGGCUUCUAUUAAAGUGUAUGCAAGCCUUGUGACUUACAGCGGAAAUGCGAAGACGCUUUAA